AUGUAUGGUGAAGCAGCUAAGAUAAUGUACAGACCUCACUCAUCAGCCAGUCAUAAAAUCCGACAACAAUUUUGUUUAUUACCUCUGGCGUCAAUAGAAGCCGAUGAAAAUGACGAUGGGAUUGACAUUUUACAAGAUCUCAUCAAGAAGACUUGGUAUAUGUGGAGUAUAUCUGCGUUAUUCAAUUUCACUUGGAAUAAUGAACGAAUAUUGAAAUUAUACGGUAAAAGAUUACGAGAGGAAAUAGCAUCAAUGUUGCCUCACCACGAUGUUGCUUAUGAAGCGAAAUUUACAGUUACUGAAAAUAAUACUACUCAGUUGAAUGAAACUAAUCCACCAGCAAUCAAAAUUGAAGUAUACAUUAAAAAAUUGACUGAAGAAGUAUCAAGUUGUAUUUACACCGGUAUCUUAACAUCCUGGGGGCCUCUAAUUACCGAUUUAGAGAAUGAAAAAUCGACUAACUUGCCACUUUUAUUAUGUCGUGGGAACAAAACUGCUAUCAGAGCAGUUAAUAAAACUUUAAACAUAAUGUUUGAUUGUACAAUAAUACCACUUACAGCAACAGAAGAAGAUUUGCAGUGGUUGGUACCGGGAAUAUUACAUUCCAGUAAGGAUAGUUCAUCAAAAGGACAAGUUAAAUUAGAAUAUAAGAUUCCAAAUACUUUAAUUACAGAUAGUAUUAAUGUUACUUGUGAUGUAACAGCACUAAGUGGUCUGUGGAAGGCAAUUUGUGAUAACUCAGACUAUGAAAAUGGAUCAGAAGUUUUAUUAGAAGAAGUAAAAAAAUUUCAUGAAAUUCUAUUUGGACAGGCAUUAGUUGGUGCUGGUAUACAACUCGGUCUUUUAAAAUUAUUCAGAAUUACUUUUCCAACUUUUAAAGUAAUGGAUAACAGAAUUAACGUCAAAACAACAGAUGUUCUUCACAAAAUUUUGUUAUAUUUUAAUGAAAAAUCUGUUCAAAUAUUAUACACUAAUUUUGACUCGGUUACAAACUCAAGUGCUAAUUCUUUAACAGAAAAGUUGAGUUAG